AUGACAGAACGUGUCGGAAUGGCGGAGGAGAUACUUUUGCUUUUGAAUAAGACGAAAUUUGUCGAGGCGAAGGUAGAGCUGAACCAACACAAGGGCAAGACGUAUCUGUUUAUCGACAAGAAGCCGAAAGUGAAUUUGAACAAAUCGAUAGUGUCGCGAGAGGUUCAAGUCGAGCUUCCGUCCGACAUAGAAAAGGCCUUUUGUUUUGAGGUAGUAUAUAAUAAACAAUAUGUUUUCAUGUGUAAAUCCGAGUAUGAAUUAAAUAUAUGGAUUAAUAAACUAUCACUGGAAGCUAAUGCGUGGGGUGUAUUUGGCUAUCCUUUAGAAUCUUCCGUUAAAAAAUGCAAUUGGAGAUUUCCUAUUCCGGUCUUUCGAUCUAUUGAAUAUUUAGAAAAGAAUGGCGGAAAGACAAUGGAAGGAAUAUUUAGAUUAAGCGCAUCAUUUAUUAAUAUGAGUAAAGUCAAAGAAAUCUUAGAUAAUGAUCAAGACGUAGAUAUGGAUUCUUUCGGAGAUUGUAAAGUCGCUUCUGUCAUUCUCAAAGAUUAUAUUAGAUCAUUACCUAAUCCUUUGAUCCCUUUUGAUUAUUAUGACAACUAUAUUAACUUACCAAAACGAUCGAUCGACCCAAAACUAUUUAUUGAAAGUCUUCCUCUAGUAAAUCAAGAUACUUUAUUUAUUAUAUGUAAUUUACUUAAUGAUAUAAUUACUAAUGAAAGUCAAACCAAAAUGAACGCUGCAAAUUUGGCGACGUGUAUCGGACUCACUAUAUGUCGCCCACCUCAACCACCGAAAAUGGACGAAUUGGUCCACACAAAAAUCGCAAUUGCGGCUUUUGAGUUUUUACUCAAUAACUUCGAACCUAUUUUUUAUGCUAUACGAAUUAGAAACGAAAAUAGCGGCGUUUAUUUUCCAAAAUACCCCUGUAUCAUUCCACACCAAAAAGUCCCAUUCUCAAAAAUCACAUCAAUAGUCAAAUCUGCGCUCAAUCUCCCGGAACUUCCUACUACCUACCCCCAAGUUAGGCCAGUAAACCGUAAUAAAUCAACGUUUUUUAAAGGAACGGAAAUAGAGGAAAAAAACAUGGUAGAUUCCAGUAAAAGUGAAUCACUGAGCGACAACGAAGAAACCGAAAAAUCAGAGAAGAAAGAAAAGAAAAGUCAAAGAAAUUUGAAAAGGUUCAACAGUUUCAUGAAUCUCAACAUCUCACCGAGAGUGGACGGAAAAAGAAGUGACGGAAAGAAAGGCACAGAUAAGUGCGAAAAAUUGGAAAAAAAUGAGAAGGUGGACAAUGAAAAGCAAGACGACGAACUGAUCAGCACCAGACAGAAAAUCACGGAGAUGCAAAUCAACCGUAUAGAAGAUCUCAAGAAGGAAAUUAUGGGACUCAAAAACUUGUUGCAACUUGUCACAAUCCAAAGGGAUGGGCUUAUCAAAAAAUACGAACCAGACUUAGUACCAAUUGAAAAGCAAAGAGAAAUUAUUGAAACAAAAAUUGAAUCCCCAAUCAGGGUACGAGUUCCCGUCAUCGUCAUGGAGACACCCAAGUCAGAUGUUGUAUCAAAUUAUAAUCUUGAAUAA